AUGUGUUUUUGUUUCGGAUUUUAUGGUGGGAGGAAGAAAGAUAAGGAAUCGGUGUCACUAAACAAAUCUUCUUUAGGAGGCGGAGGCGGAGGUGGAGGUGGUGUUGGUGGGAACCAUACUGAAACUACCGGUGGUCAUGAAGUUGGAGGCACGGCAGUCGUAGUAGCAAGUGCAACACAUGUAUCUGAUCCUAGUGGUGGAGGAAGUGGAAGUUCUCAUGGUGGUCAUGGUGGUGGUGGAUAUGCUGGUGGUGGUGAAGGUGGAAGUGGAAGUUCUCAUGGUGGCCAUGGUGGUGGUGGAUAUGCCGGUGGUGGUGACGGUGGUGGUGGUGGCAUUUGA